UACAAAUCGCAAGGAGGCGCUCGUGCACGGUUUGACCAGCUGAUGUGGCAUGAUGGCGACUUCCCGGUUCGAUUUGAAGACAUGGAUCAUCGCUUUCCUUGUUUUCCUCCAAUUCACAAGUCUGUGCGCCAAUUCUGAUGAAGCAUACUGCGACAAGGACACAGGAGCAUGUGAGGAAAAUGGCACAGAGCAAACUGAGAAGGACAAAUACCGGGAAGUGGAUCCUCACUGGCAGAAAUACCUGGACAAGAUUCACCAAGCCAUGGAGAACUACAAGCCAUGUCCCAACCCGGACAAGAAAUGUUCCUGUCACAGUAGUGUUAUAACCCAUGACCUGAAGCUAUGGAAGGACAGAGGAGGGAUCACUAAGGAGGAGUUUGAUCGCACCCUGGAGCAGGACAAGGGAACCCAUUACCAAAUCAUCGACCACAAACUUUACAGACAGGACAGGUGUAUGUUCCCGGCCAGAUGCUCAGGUGUUGAACACUUCAUCCUGGAGAUAAUCGACGACCUUCCCGACAUGGAGAUGAUCAUCAACGUGCGAGACUGGCCGCAGAGCCCCAUGUACCAGCGAGAACCCAGACCUGUCAUGUCCUUCAGUAAGACGUUUAAUGAACACUGGGACAUCAUGUACCCAGCCUGGACGUUCUGGGAGGGGGGUCCGGCCGUCUGGCCACUCUUCCCCACCGGCCUGGGGAGGUGGGACCUCAUGAGGGACUCCAUCACCAAGGCUAACGAAGACUGGCCGUGGGAGAAGAAGGAAGACAAGGCGUUUUUCCGCGGCUCACGUACGAGCGCAGAGCGAGACCCGCUGGUGCUGCUUUCCCGCGCUGAGCCAGAACUUGUGGACGCUCAGUACACCAAGAACCAGGCCUGGAAGUCUGACAAGGACACCCUGGGGAUGCCAGCUGCUACUGAGAUCAAACUGGAGGAUCACUGUCAGUACAAAUACCUGUUCAACUUCCGUGGCGUGGCGGCAAGCUUCCGUUACAAACACCUGUUCCUGUGUCGCUCCACGGUGUUCCACGUGGGGGAGGGGUGGUUAGAGUUCUUCUACCCCGCCCUGAAACCCUGGGUACACUACAUACCUGUUAGUCAGGACCUCAAGGAUGUAAGGGAGUUGAUUGAAUUUGCCAAGGCUAAUCAAGGUGUAGCAAAGGAAAUUGCUGAAAGGGGUUUCCAGUUCAUCUGGGACCACCUCCGCCAGGAAGACGUGCAGUGUUACUGGAAGAAACUCCUCAAGAAGUACGCCAAGCUCCUCAAGUUCACACCCACCAGGAGAAAGGAGUAUAAACAGAUGAAACCAAAGAACAGAUAACCUGUAUUGUCAUUAUAGCUGGAGUCUUCUCUGUAAGAAUUCAGAGGUUGUUCUGGGUUAAAGUUUAUUGUUUAUUUGUUUAUUGUUUAUAAGAUUGACCAAAAUGAAGUCUCUGACAUUCUUGUAAUAAUCUUCCAUGUUCCUAAUAUGAUUGUGUUACAACCUACUUCUGUCAUAGUCUUUAAUGGUACCAUCCGGAUAUUAGUUCGCUCUGACGUUAAUUACAUAUUAUAUACAUUUGCUUGUCACUCCGACUUUUAUUCUACACUUUGUCUACAAUUAUACAGUCUCUGGUAUUCUGUAUGGUAACCUUGACAUCUAUAACAUCUGGAAUCGUCCAAAUUUGGGACGAGGGCAAUGAUUGGUCCCUUCAUUUGAGCAAACUAAGGAAUGAGUUCAAGCGCUCCAUCGAACAGGUGUUCCAACACCCGAAACACCCUCCGUCUGCUCAUGGGAGGGCCUGUUGUCAUGGAACAAGCACUUUUGAACCCAUUCUUUAAUUUGCUCAUUAACUGACAUCACCACCAAAAGGUUUGAAUGCGCAGGUCUCCAGAUGGGUUAGCAGAAGCAAAGAUAGGAGCGAACUACAUGACUAUCAGAAUGAUACCCAGGAUACCUCUGUUAGGCAAUGAUAUACAGAAGGAGUGGUAGGAGUGUGAUUUUAGCCAGGUUAGUGUUUCACACAUGUACAUGUACAGUAGUUUGUAUGUCAUAUGUAAUUUUCAAAGUUGUAAACUGUCAAACCUAAACUACAAGCGUAAACAUUUUAGCCCUUAAUCAAAUCAAGGGGUUAAAAUUAAUGUGUAUUUCCACCGAUGUUUGUAUAAUGACUGUGACGCACACAAAGAUAUUCAAAGCAAGAAAAAAGGAGAUUACCACAUCGUACAUUCUUGCACCAAGCAAUAACGUUUUCUACAGAAACUGAAAGUUUUUGUAUAUUUUGUGGAGCGGUGCUCAAGUUGUGGUGUUGCACUGUUGAAAAAGUCUAUUAAUAUAAAUUUUGUAAUUCUUAGAGAAAUAGAUGAAUUUGGUGCUAAUUGUCUUCCACAAUGUUUUGUCCCCACAGCAAAAGCCACGUAACUUAGAAAUUAGAUAUAGUGAACGAACCAUUUCCUGAUGAACAGCGCUGGCAUACAUGUAACUGUACUGUUCUUGUGUUGUGAUGUUGUAUUGUACUGUAUGUAAAAACUAUAUACAAUUACAUCUGUAAUGUAAGUCCAAACCUUUGCUGCUAAUGAUAAAGCAUAUCUGGUUACUGUA